UUUAAAUGUGUAUUCCCUCUUGGCUUUGAACUGGAGUAGCCGCCUUUCCUCUCACAAAUAGUAGCGCUGUAUGUCCAUGAACAAGAACUAAGAACCAAAUUCCUUUAGCCGAGCUGUGACUAUCUGAUAUGAGAGAAUUACUUCAUCACCAAGUUUACUGUUUCAGAUGUCUAUAGGAAAUCCAUGAAGUCGACCAACGCAGUAUAAAAUAAGGAAACAAGAAGAGGAAGACUUAGCCUAGACUAAUUCUGGACUAGUUUGCAAGCUCUCCAAUCGGAAUAUAUAACAACCGUUUGAAGUUGUUACAUCUUGUGAACGGCAACAAUUGACCAUUGCAAGCAGCAGUCCACGACUUGGUUGAAGUUGCGCACGUCUCGUGGUAGCGCGCACCACCAUCGUGAUCAUUUCCUCGCGGUUACUUCACAUAAACUACCACGACGGCAAGGCCAACCAUGGUGAACAGCCGGGUGGAGGCAUCAGCCGUGGCGGUGACGGGAGGCGGCGGUGGCUCGGCAGGCAGGUCAUGCGCGGGCUGUGGUGGGCGCAUCGCCGACCGCUUCCUGCUCUUCUCCAUGGAGCGCUACUGGCACACGCGCUGCCUCAAGUGCUCCUGCUGCCACGCCCAGCUGGGCGAGAUCGGCACCACCUGCUACAGCAAAGGGGGCAUGAUCCUCUGCAAGAACGACUACAUCAGGCUGUUCGGGCACAGCGGGGCAUGCAGCGCUUGUGGCCAGUCCAUCCCUGCCAGUGAGAUGGUGAUGCGGGCACAGGGCAAUGUGUACCACCUCAAGUGUUUCACCUGUGCCACCUGUAGAAAUCGGCUGGUGCCGGGCGACCGCUUCCACUAUGUCAAUGGCACCAUCUUCUGUGAGCACGACCGGCCAGGGGGCGCCCUGCUCAGCAGUCACCUGACCUCGCUGCAGGGGAACGGCAUGAUGCCCGACCAGAAGGUCUGCUGAAGAAGAAUGGGUGACAAAGCAACGUGUGCCUUCUCCUCCCCCGCCUCCUCCUCCUGCUCUUCUUCCUUUUCCACCCAUAAGUUUGUCCUGCACCAUUCAUCCCAUCGUUCAGAUAUUCCGAUAUCCGUACUCCAGAUACUGCUGCCAGUGUCCAUUAGCUUUCCCAGUUACACGGCAUUUCCCCCAAAAUAAUGUUUAUUCUGGUCAUAGAGAAUCAUGUUCUCAACCUUGACAUUAUUGAAGUCUCCUGCUUCAAGGGGAAGAUGCGGAGGAGGGAAAGACUGUUGAUGAUGGAAGAGGAUGAUUUAUACUGUCAAACCAGUGUCUGUUUUCGGUAAGUCCAUUGGUGACUGACUUGCAUAAGACUGACUUGUAAUGCCCUGAGAGGACUAUGGCAUUUCUAGUGAUGGACCAUCCUUGAUGUAGCACCUUUCCCUAGCCAGCACAAAACUACAGGGAGAGUGAGAUGCCACAGACCAAUAAAUAUAAACUGGUUCUCGUCCAGAGCUGUUUCAACCAAGCUACAGUUUAAUGACUCCCGAAACACGAAGAGUGUGUUCAAAACAAGAUCGCCACAUGAAUACACAGACACACACUCUCUGAGCUCAGACUCUAGGCCCUUUCAUGUGUCGGAUUGGGGGAAACAGGAAAUACUUUGGUUGUAGUGCUAUGCGACCGUAGCUUUUGCCCCCUGGACGUUCCUGAACUCUCAUUCCUGAACUCUCAUUGGCUCACUCGAACGGUCGAGUUAGGCCGAACGAGGAAUGAUCAAAUACACCUGCCUGGAUGUCUCGUCUACUUUCAAAAAUAUACUCUCUGUGUACUAAAUGAAGAAUGCUUGUAGAAUAUUCAUCAAAACAUACCUUUUAGUCUCAUGAUUAUUUUGUACUGCAAGUGGUUGCCUUGUGAUUCUCGAUUGUCUUCGAUAUUUAGUUAUGUUUUCAGGUGAAGAUGGUUCCUGGGGUUAGUAAAUGUACUCCUGUUUAUGGGAACAUACAAAUAUGCAUUUGUAAUUGUUGUUUAAAAAAUUUGGCCGGUGAGAAUUGUUAUUCCAACAUGACUUUGCAGCAGUGCUCUAUAGGUCUUAAAUGUAUUGUUGUUGUGUGGUGGUGGAAGAGGACAAGGUCAAAGUUGAACUGGUCCCCAUAUAACUAGGGUCGUGUUGAGUAGGGCUCACUGUAAAUAGAAAACAGAAAACAAAAAUAAGUGUUUGUUAUUGGAGAGGCCAUGUAGUCCCUCGCUGUUUCAGGCCGUUUUCUUCCGUUUGGUACCUAAUGAACACGACCCAGGUUGAGGGAAGAGGGAAGCGGCAUAGGGAUGGAGAGAAGUAAUAACUGUACAUAUCUUUUCUAGUGCUAUUAUUGUAUUGUGGUCUAUGGUUGAAUUGAGUCUUUGUGUGGCCUAAAACAUCUAUAUGGAGAAAAAAAGUACUUUCUAAAUAACUAUAAUAAUCAUAAUAUUGCCAGUCACCUGUGUCGUGUCUGUAAUGAGUGUUUGGAUAAUAUUUACCUGCCGUUUGUGUGUGCGCGUGUGUAGCGAGGUGUGACAAAUAGCGCUUUCACACCGAAAGGUAAAGCUCCCGGACUCAGACAAACAUGGCCGAUUACCCUCAGGAAUGGAAUUUCAAAGGCUUGAGCUGGGGCCAUUACAGAAGCAAUUAAAGUGGGAUACGCUGGAGGCCCAGGCUUUAGCUGAAGUCCUGUGCCGGAGUCUAAUGAGGCCUAAUCUGGUGAGCUGGCCUAAUUAAAAGGGAGGGACCCCUUUCCUGUGGGUGCUGAGUAGAGCAGUCCAGCUGUUGACUUUACAGUGCUCACAAUGCAACAACAAACUGAAAGAAAUAAGACAACCCUUUUUCUCUUACCUUAAACUCCAUAUAACUUUUCUUUCUUCACUGCGUAUGAAUUUGACAUUUUCACUUCUUUGUUGAGUUCUUUACUUGGAAGUUAGGGUAUAGGGCCUCUACAUAUAGUACUGAAGGGCAUGUCAGAAUUGUUUCUUGGCAUGAAAACACCCCCUCAGAUCUUGUUUAUUUAAUUAGCUAAUUAAACUUCCAUCUUAUAGGUACCUUUGGCCUAGAAAUCACAGUCAGCUUUUAUGAUCUUCUUUUAUUUCUUAUUCCGUGACUUUUCUACAGAGAGAAACCAAACAUGCAAUAGGCCUACAAAGAAGACAGUGGGAAAAAACUGAAGUAGCCAGCUGUGACUUUUCAAAUGAAUGUUCCCAGAGAAAAGUCUACCAUAAGCAUUGUGGUGUGUCGGUGUCUCAGCAGUGACUCUUUUAGGGUUAGCCAAUUAGGUUCACACUCAAAAUAACAAUGAGUGUUUUAAUGGCUGGAUUUCAAAGCAUUUCUUUGGUAAUGAUGUAGAAUGGUUUUAAAGGAUGAACACAUUCCUCGGGUUCUUCAAACAUAAUCCAAACCUGAGCAUGAGUUUCAAAUCUUUAAAAAAAAAAAAACGUUUUUGUUAAGGUAUUUUUGGCAUUCCUCAGUUUGUUUCUAAUUGGACUCCCAUACUUCCAUAGACACAAGUGGAGUUCAAUCAUAAUAACCAGAAUAAACCUGAUCUGAAAGAACUACGUAAGGGAAAGAAAUAUACCCAAUAUAUAUAAGAACACCUACAGAAGUACCUAUCUGACAUAUUGUAGAACCUGUUAUCGUAUUGGAGGUACCUAUCCAGUCAUUUUAGAUCCGUGUGGAUUUUUUAAAAUCAGUUAAUUUUUUUUACGUAGGAGUAUUGCAUACUGAUAACAACCACACAAACCGUCUCUAUACCUGUUCUAACCAAUGUGGCACGCAAUAUUUCAUGUGUAUACCUAGUCUAAUUACCAUUUGAUCCAGUAGCUUGACUAAUACUUGGCCAGUCAUCUCAUCAAAAUACAUGGGAAAAUGUAUCAGAAAAUCGCUCUUAACUGUUCAAUUUAGGUUUAAAGAUAGACACUGAAAAUGAUCAAGAAACCGAAGCAAUUGUAUUAUCGUUAUCUUAUUCACAGGGGAUUCCAUAAAUAAACACUUUUUGCUGAUU